AUGAUUUUGUUUUCUUUUGUGUUGCAGAAUGCUCAAACUAUUAAAUUUCCAAAUGUCAACUCGGACUUAAGACAGAAAUGUGUGGAUGGCCUGUUGUCAUGGCUCAAAUCACCGGCGUCCACAAAGUGUUACCGACCGUGUCUGGAGACGCUGCGCAUCCUGAGUCGGGACAAAGACCAGCUGGAAUGUCUUCUGACAGAGGAGACGCUGUCAUUGCUCAUGUUACACGCAGGGCUCAAGGACCUGUCCGAGGAGGAGGAAGAUGAGGACAUUGUCAGUAAUAACCAGGAUGGUGAUGCUGAAGUCAUCGUGGAGGCACAAAAAUGCCUGUGUAAUCUCAUCUUCAACAGUCCAAAAGCACAGAAAAUGUGCAGUAAAAAUGGCUGUGUAGAAGGAAUCGUCCAAAGACUUAAGACAUACAAAGAUCCAGAGCUCAAGUUUGAUAUAAAGUUCUUUGACAUGAAAAUGUUAUUUCUGCUCACAGCCUUAUGUCAAGAUACUAGACCAAAAAUCCGCCACGACAUGCACGGCAUCACAUACUUGGUGGAAGUGAUCGAUCUGAGUCUGAGAGAUGCGGAGGAGAAAGGGUCACCAUUGACUGACCAGGAGGUGGAGUUGUGCUGCGAAAUCCUCAAGAUUCUCUUCAAUUUGACAGUAUCUGUGGAUAAAAAUGCCUUAGAUGAGGAAGAAGAGGCACAUUUCAUGAGGUUAGUCAGUGUCCUCCAUGACCUGCUGAUCUGUCAGACAGCCACCAAAGACAAGAGGGAGGAGCUACAGAGGUCACACAGUGAACCUGUUAACCAUAUGCCACGAGAUUGCUACGAGGAGUUGCUGACGCCUCUCAACGAAGGGGCUGUGGGAGGAAUGGAGAAUAAAGAUGUGGAAUACGACGGGAAAAACAUGGAGGCCAUCCUGGCACUUCUGGACUUCCUUUACAAACGGCUGGACAAGCCUACAAAGAGUCUAAAGGAGAGUUUAAUCCCUAUCUUACACUGUCUCUGUGAGACAUGCCGCAGCAAUAGAAGUAUUCGCAAGUUCUGUAGGACAAAGGUGCUGCCUCCAUUGCGUGAUGAAGUCAAACAUCUUCCACAAGAGGGAGAUUCACUUAGAAACAGGCUGUGUAAAUUGUUAACUUCAGCUGUCAGCGAAGUUAAAGACCUCUGUGCUGAUUUCCUCUUCAUUCUUUGUAAAGAAAGUGUGGACAGAAUGGUGAAGUAUACAGGCUAUGGGAAUGCUGCCGGGCUGUUAGCCAACCGUGGACUGAUGCUGGGAGGUCGAGGGGACGGCAACUACUCCAGUGAUUCAGAAGACUCUGAGACAGAAGAAUAUUCACAGCUUAAGGAACAGAUCAACCCUGUAACGGGUAAACUCGAGGGUGAGAAGUCAAAUCCCUGUGAAGGUAUGACGGAGGAGCAGAAAGAGUACGAGGCCAUGAAAUUAGUAGGUCUAAUGGACAAACUCCAGAGGGGAGGUCUUGUGCAGCCAAGCCGUAUUGGAGAGGAUGGCCGGCCCGUACCCGUGGAGCACAUGCUGGAGUUAACAGAAGGAAUUAAUCUUCCCCCGCAGGCCCGGGGCACUGGGGACUCAGAUUCUGACUGAUCCCAGAACGGGGUGUACAGGGUGACUCCACACUGUCUCUUAUAACUGAGACCCACAGUCCAGCUGUCCUUUUAGUGGGAAGGACCAGAUGUGACCCGGCCAAGUCUGUACUGUAUCUACCUGUAUGUGUUUGUCUACCCACUUUACUGGGCUUGACAGGGCCCUCUUACCUGUUGUCUCAGCUCACCUGUACUAUAAUGCAGAACAGGUGAGAGUUGAGCUCACACAUUUGCGGAGACUCAUGCUCAUGUACACAUGAAUGUGAAGAAAUACAGGUGACAGAUUGGCACAUGUAAAUAACUUCAUAGCUUUGUUUGCAGCUUCUGGCAGCUUUUAAUGCGAGUUGGCAUAAGAAUGUUAAUAACCUAUUGAUGGCUUUGAACAGGUGAUUAUUUGUUGAAUCAAUCCUUCUCCUACCUCCAUUCUCCUUUAAGCCGUCGUCUCUCUGUUACCUGGCUGUUUUCAGAAAAUGGGUUUUUAUCCUGCAGACUUUGUUCACAACUUUUGUAUUUGUCUGUUCUAUAUCUGAAAGCAGCACCUCAAAAUUUUCACAGCAAGACCUUUUUUUUCAGAUCAAAUGUGAAUGGGAGGAAUGCUGUUGAUUUCCUCUGAACAGCUAUGUUCAAAUUUUGUCUGUAUGUUUUUAAAAAAGGACAUUUUUUGACAUAAACUACAGCAAUAGGUGGACAGCAAGUAAUUCAAACAUUACAGUUUUAUCCAUUUUUAAACCUUUUAAAGUGUAAAAAAAAUUGUCUGUCAAUAAUUAUUUGGCCAUUUUCUCAGUAUUGAAAAUAUGGCAGGCCAAACAUUUUUAUCACAGAUAUAUUUAUUGCAUGAAAUUUUUAAAAUGCUUUUAAUGCCUGUGUUAUAAUAAGGCAAGUUGUUGCAGUAAUUUGUCUGUGUUAUAAUGAGGCAAGUUGUUUCAGUAAUUUGUCAAGCAAUCAGAUAUGUUUAAAGUUUUAAAGCUUUAAGAUAUUUUGUGUGAAUAUCCUGUGAGUUGACAACAUUUCCAAACCACCACCCCCUCCCCCCCACUCCCCCCACCCAGUGUUUCAGCUUAAACACCAUGUUUUCUUGCGCAGUUUGUGGCAGUCAUGUUUGUAGACAGUUUCAUGCAAGUUAUUCUUGAAGAUAUAUAAAAUGUGAAGGAGAAACUUUAGAAAAGAGAAAGAUAACUUUGUGACCGUUUAUGCCACCAUGAACCAAGGGCGAUAACUCUUAAUAAAACAAUGACAUACUUAAGCCAGGAUGUCGGGGGAUACAGAUCAAAAUUAAGAAGUAAAAUUUUUUUCCUUUUUUUUUUGUUGUUGCUUUUGGUAAAAAAAAAUUCAGCAGAAAUAUAUAUGAACUGUAAUAAGCAUAAUAAAAUCUGUCACUUGCACAUUUAAAGCAACCUGUCAUGGCUGUUCAUGUCAUGUGGAGAUUCUGGUACCCAUCCCAUUUCAAAAUAUUAGAAUUGUUCAUGUGACACAAAUAUUGUCAGUAACUGUUGGAUUUUCAGACGGGUAAAGUUAUGUCAGUAUGUAAAUGCACAGCAAAUGCAGUAAUGUCUAUUAAGUUGCAAAUGCUACUUGUGUUUGUUAAGUGGCACUAUGGGUCUGUUUCUGUUUGUUAUUAUUUGUGUUAUAUUUAUGUAUUAAAACAGUAGCAUAUUAUAAAGUAAACUGUCUAGUGAGGCAUAAAUAUAUUACUGCUUGUUCUUGUCAUAACAUCUAGAGAAAUGAAACUAACUGUAAAUACUUCUACAUCUGUGACCAGCAUUUGUAAGCUCUGCUGUUUGUCCAGAUGUAUCAAAGAGGAGUACAUGUACCACAGCUUUUGUAACAGUACCAAUGUGUUUAUGCACACUAUACUUUUCCUAGUACUGCCCAUACAUACUGGAGACAGGUACGUUUAGUGAAGAUUUUGUUUCUUAACAGAAGGAGAAGUACAUGACUUUUACUUUUGACCUCACUGGUCAGAUUUUCCUUCUGUUCAUACAUGUAGUACACUAAAGCUAAACUGGAACACAAUCUACCUGUGUACAUAUUCAGGCAUCGGCCCUAAACAUGGAUCAGUGCUGGAUCAGGUAUUCAACCAGUCAGGUACCCAUAAGCUGAAAUUUGGAUCAAUCAAUUGAGUGGUGCUAUUUGUAGCUUGCUGUCAAUCUGUUUAUAUGAGAAAGGCUGUUUUUAUCAUCAGUGAAGUAUGAAGAAGAGAUACAGAAUAGUUGCAUGCCAUUUGGAGACAAAGGCCCACUUGCACGAAUCGCUCAACAUUAAGAGGGCUUCAUGCAAGGGGAUCCUGUGUUAUAUUGUGAACACUUCAGAAAGCUGUAGUAUAUGAACGUUGGAUAGGACAAAGUUUAUCAAAGUAAUAGAUAGAAGAAAUAAGACAUUGUAUGUAUAUCUCAAAUUAAACCAAAAAUUGAAACAUUACAAGAUUUUAAGACUAUUUCAAAACAAAAAUUCAGCUUAAAAGCGUAUUAUAAAUCUGAUCCUGAUGCUUUCAAGUUAAGACUACGGAUUAAAAGGUAUGUCAGCACCAAUCUUUAGAACCCAUUAAAUAAAUUUUAAGAGAAAGGAGCAAAAGGUAUGUCAGCACCAGUCUUUAGAACCCAUUAAAUACAGGUUAAGACUAUGGAGCAAUAGGUAUGUUAGCACCUAUCUUUAGAACCCAUUAUUUACAAGUUAGUUUUCCAGGAGUAUUGUUCUCACUGUUGUAAGUUUGGUAAAGAGACAUUUCCAUGUAAGAUAAUAUAAUAUGAUUCCUAACCUUAUCGAAGUGCAUCAUUUAUUAUUUUGUUGCAGGCUACAAGCAUAUCUGCAUAUAUGAACUAUCUCUCAUUUAAUUACCAUGCUGAACAGUCGUUUCGUUUUGAAACCUCUACCACUUCUUCCAUGCUUAUCAUCACUUGAGAACAGCAAGGCUUCAGGUGACAGACUACAUGUAUGUCUAACAUUUCAUGAUCAUUGUUUAUUGUCUGGGUGAAGAUGGUUUUGGUCUAGUCAGAGAAAAUAAGGAAAAGGCUGUGUUUUGAUGUAUGAUAUGUGAGAGUUUAACGUGAAUCGGCAAAUUGUUCUGGGAGCCGAUGGGCGAAUGUCAAAAUAAUCAAAAUGAUGCUCAAAAAAUUAUGAAUUUGAUGAUGUGCGUAUAUUAAUGACAUGUUAAUUUAUUACUGAGUUGUAACCCUGUUUUUGUUUUUUUUUUGUGCACUGUUGUAGACCAAUAAAUUUAUGUUAGUUGGAUAUAUAGGGUAGGUACAUUCAUAGUUGCUUGCAUCAGAAUCGACCCUAACAGAGGUCCCAGUUGAUAUGUACAUAUGAUAUGUUAUAAGUAUACAUAGAUUUUGUUAAUUUACGACCAUCAAGUUUUGCACCAAAACUUGAUUUGUUUACGUUAAGCAUGCCACAUAUAUUGUAUGGAGUGAGAUAUGUACACAUAGGCUUGCUUUUCCAGAUUUAUGAAUUUGAUUUUCUAAUUGAAACAGAUGCAGUUAAAACUAUCAAACUCUCUGUACAGUCUACAGACUGGAGUUCAGAAAAAAAAGCCACCAAAUUUUUACCAGUUAUUUCCUUACAGAAUAAGUGCUUUAUGAAAUCAAAGAACACCUAUUGAUCAGCAUGAUAUUCGCCAAUGUGGCUGGAGGUUAAAUUUUAUCCCACAUCUUUGUAAAUAGAAUAUCACCUACACUCCAAGAUAAAAAAAAAACACACACACACACACACUCCCAUGGUAUCCUUGAAUUCUCUAUCUUGUAGGGUUAGUAUAUGAUGUUCUAAAUCUGCGUUGCCCAGACAAUGAAAAUUAAGCUUUUUGUCGAUUUCUGCAAUUGGUUAAUAUUGUAAAUGCGUUUGCCAUGACGUGGUGUCCGACAAAAAUUGCUUUAAGCUUUCCUUUUCAACACAUUGGUCGGGGAAUGAAAGAUAAGGUUGAACCAGCUUUCAGUUAAUACUGAUAGAAACGUUUGGCAGCAAACCUUGAGGUUGAAAUGGCAGUGUUGCAAGGGUAUCAUGAAGUAUUCGUGAGCUGAGCGUCUCAAAAAGUUCCAAAACGAGGACCGAAUCUUUACAAAGCUCUCAUCAGUAUUGUACAUGUAAUACUGCGACAGGUUUUACACGUCUGCCUCUAGAGAUUGGCAGAAUGUAUCCCCCAGCGAGUAUUACAAUCCUUCACCAAAAUCGAUGUCCGCGUGCAACAGUAACACUGGUCUGAGCGUUUCAACAGUUGCAUUAAUCCAAAUUAUAAAAAUUCAUGUUUACAUGCGAGAGCAAAGUGUCAAGUACUAAACCCAUAUAUAGGGCCAGAUCUGCCAUUUUGCAAGCCUAUACUUUCAAAAUUCCUGUUUGUUUAUACAAAAGUACACGUGUUGGUACAUGUAUACUGUUUAUCGUCAGUGAUUGUCCCCGCGGUGUGUUAGGUCUGAGAACGUCCAAGCUGAGUCAUGGCUUAACGUGUACCUGGAAACAAAUAGCCAGACAUAUAUAAAUGACCAAUACCUGUCAAUACGCAAUUUAUUUAUUUAUGUUUACCAUGGGCCAUUAUGGACAAUAAAUGUUGUAAUAUCCCGA